AAAGACCAGAUUUUCGCCAAAAUGACCUACGAUGACUGGAAUACCUGCCUUGCCACAAAGGUUCAGGGAACUUGGAAUCUUCACCACGCGGCCUCUGGCCAGCCGCUCGAUUUCUUCGUCGUUUUCAGUUCGAUCGCCGGCAUCUGUGGCAACCACGGCCAGGCAAACUACGCCGCCGCCAAUACAUUACUCGACAGCUUUACGCGCUACCGCCGUCGCCUGGGUCUCCCAUCGGCUACCCUUGCCCUUGGAGCAGUGGAAGACUGUGGUAUCGUCAGCCGUGAUGCAAAACUGCUGCAAUCAAUGCAAGCAGCUUCCGUACGACUUGCCAGAGAGGACGAGCUCCUGGAAGGUCUAGAGCUGGCAAUCCGCCAGUGCAAUUCUCCACCAAUCUCUGUCAAUCAAGGUAUA